GCCCCGCGAGUGGUGCUCACUGCGGCCCCUGCGCGACCCGAGACCCCGGCUGCUUCAGCCACCAUGCCGCGCUCUUUCCUCGUCAGGAAGCCCUCGGUCCCCCGCCGGAAGCCCAAUUACAGCGAGCUGCAAGACUCUUCUCUGGAGUUUACCCUCCAGCAGCCCUACGACCAGGCCCACCUGCUGGCCGCCAUCCCGCCCCCUGAGGUCCUGAACCCCACCGCCUCGCUGCCCACGCUCAUCUGGGACUGUCUCCUGGCGCCCCACACGCAGCCCAUUGGCUGGGCCUCCCUGCAGCCCCAGGAGAGCCCCCAGGCAGCAGAGCUGACCUCCCUGUCCGACGAGGACAGUGGGAAGGGCUCCCAGCCCCCCAGCCCCCCCUCUCCUGCCCCUUCCUCCUUUUCCUCCACCUCGGCUUCUUCCCUGGAGGCUGAGGCCUACGCUGCCUUCCCAGGCUUGGGCCAGCUGCCCAAGCAACUGGCUCGGCUCUCGGUGGCCAAGGACCCCCAGUCUCGCAAGGCUUUCAACUGCAAGUACUGCAACAAGGAAUACCUCAGCCUGGGUGCCCUCAAGAUGCACAUCCGGAGCCACACUCUGCCCUGCGUCUGCGGGACCUGCGGGAAGGCCUUCUCCAGGCCCUGGCUGCUGCAGGGCCACGUCCGGACCCACACUGGUGAGAAGCCCUUCUCCUGCUCCCACUGCAGCCGCGCCUUCGCCGACCGCUCCAACCUGCGGGCCCACCUGCAGACACACUCGGACGUGAAGAAGUACCAGUGCCCCAGGUGCGCCCGCACCUUCUCCCGCAUGUCCUUGCUGCACAAGCACCAGGAGUCGGGCUGCUCGGGGGGCCCCCGCUGAGCCUGCUGCCACCAGCUGCCUCCCGGAAUCAGGAGGAAGGCACCCGUCCUUCGCACUGCCACCGAAUUCCCUCCAGCCGCCCGUGCCUGGCUGUGGUGGCCCUGGACUUUGGAGGCCACUUGCUGUGUUCUGCUCCCUGCUCUGGGGCCUCAGUGGGCCCUGGAGGCUGGGCCUGGCCUCUAGACGGUGGAGGGGAGGGCAGUGCGUGCCUGAGUUGGCCUCCCGGGUCUCGUGCCCAGAGCUGUUGGGACGCAGCUGCUCUGAGUGACAGGACCACCGCGGACAGAUUGCACCAGAAGCUCCCACCCCGCUUAGGGGGACCCACUCCCCUCGCCGCUCCCACAGGGAACCCUCAGGCCACCUUCCAGAGGUGCCACAAACUAUGCAGUAGUCCCCCACGUGCAUCUGUGGGGCACUCGGGGUGCUUGUGGACGUGGAUAGACAGGAGGACGUGCCUAGACCUCUGCCCCGGCCUGGGCAGCUGUGCAGCCUCCUGUGUGUCUCGGUGACACCUGUCUCACGGGCGAUUUAACAGUGUCUCAAAAGGGACUGUGAGUAAUGGCCUCCUUGCCAGGGGCCGAGUGGGGUGCUGCGGCCUGACCAGCACGUCUCCCAGGACUAUUCUGGGGGCCUGACAGGGGGGGGCCUGGAAGGAAGAUGUUUACAUUUUUAAAGGUACACUGGUAUUUAUAUUGCAAGCAACAUUUUGUAUUAAGGAAACGUUUUGUAUAGUUAUAUAUACAGUUUAUUGAUAUUCAAUAAAGUUGCUA